UCUCCUCCGUUCCAUUUCCACACUCUCCAACCCUCCACACGAGUCGCGGACAAUGCCCUUCGGUGUCGCGCCCCCGCACCAUCAUCUCAGUUCUUGCCCCAGAUUGUUCGUCAGAAUCAAGCCCGAUGAAUCUUUCGGUCUAUCCACAGCUCUGCGUCGCUCUGUCCGCUGUUCCAGGACGGAGAGCGUACCACCCGCUGCAGAGGCGAGACCGCAGCAUUCUAAGGGUGGGGCUGCUGAUAUGGCGAAACUGAGAGAGUUGGAGCAGAAAGUUGAGCUUCUUGGUAUUGGCUGUGAGGAUCAUAGCAGACCCGGAUUUUACAGCAACUUGUUUUGUCCAAAGUGCCGAGGGGGACGGAAAGUUGAGAGAAGCCUCUCUUUCCAUAUCGUCCAAAGCGGGGAGUUCGCAAUGUGGAGGUGUUUCCGAAUGGAAUGUGGAUGGGCUGGUCAGGCCUUUGCAGACAGUGGAAAUUCAUGUGAUGGAGACUAUGCAGCCCUAAAGGUCAGAUCCACUGUACAGAUGACAGAAGAGAGCCUAAGGUUGGAACCCUUGAGCGAUAAGAUUAUUGGGUACUUUGCGGAACGAAAAAUAUCGGUGGAAACUCUUCAACGAAAUGGAGUCAAACAACUAUCAGGCAAACAGAGUGCUAUUUCUUUUCCUUACAAAAGGAAAGGAGAACUUGUUGGUUGCAAGUAUCGGACCUUGGACAAGAAAUUUUGGCAGGAGAAGGGUACCGAAAAGGCAUUAUAUGGACUAGAUGACAUAUCAGAAGCAGAUGAAAUUGUCAUUGUUGAAGGUGAAAUUGAUAAGCUCUCAUUGGAGGAAGCUGGUUUUAUAAAUUGUGCAAGUGUUCCUGGUGGUGCCCCAGGAAAAGUUUCCAACAAAGAAUUGCCUUAUCCGGACAAGGACACGGCUUAUCAAUACUUAUGGAACUGCAAGGAUUACUUGGAUAAGGCUUCUCGAAUAAUCCUGGCAACUGAUGGCGACGCACCUGGUCAAGCUUUGGCAGAGGAGCUUGCAAAGCGCCUUGGAAAACAAAGAUGUUGGAAGGUAAAUUGGCCAAAAAAGGACGACUUCAGUAGAUUCAACGAUGCAAAUGAGGUUCUCAAGCAUCUAGGACCUACUGCUCUCAUGGAAGCAAUUGAACAUGCAGAUUCGAUGUCUCCCACAUCCUCCGGACCAAGUAACAAGGGUGUGCAAAAGAACCGGGAACUGCCCAGAACUGGACCAGAUUGGCCCGGAACCGGCGGUUCCCAUGGGGACCGGUCCGGUUCUCAGUUUCAAUUUACUAGAACCGGUGAGUACUGGUCCGGUUCUCGAUUCUAGACGUGGAACUGCUCACCUCAGACCGGACCAGUAAUAUAUAUAAGAUUUAAAAAAAAAAAUUUCCAACCUAAAAAAAAGAAAUUUUUUUAAAAAAUGAAAACCUUAACAUCCCUAAUCUAAAGCUUAAUGCUCGUCAACUGAGUGCUCGUCUCGUUUCACAUUCACUUUGUUUGAGUCCUCUCACUAUCUCUCACUCAUGGUCUCGACUCUCAAGCUCGAUGCCCAUUGACUCACGGCUUUGACUCUCAACUCCCAUUAACUCAUGGCCGUGCCUGACCAUUCAUCACCUCCCUCACUCACUCUCGGUCAUUUUCAUUUGCGUGAAGUUUGUUGGGAUCGGGUCCAUGGAGCUAACGAGUAGUUCCCGAUUCCAAUUUUUCGAAACCGAUAUUUAGUGGGCGGUUCCCGAUUCCAAAGUGGGAACUGCCCACCUGGAUCAUGCUCACCCCUAAUUGUGGAUGCCAUUGUUGUCGUUACUCAGCAAUUGAUUUUAUUUCUACUUUCAUGCGUUAUCCAAUUUGCCAACAGAAGCAUUUCUACUCUUGUUCGUCCAUUUAUCGAUGGUUUAUGUACACGUCAUCUUUGUCAUGUAGUUAGCUUAUGUGACUGCAUUUGGACGAAAAUAAGGAAUUUGUUCUAAAAAUAUUAGGGAAAAUUAGUUUAGAGACCGGAUCUUUUACAAUAGAGAGGGACAAGUGCACCAAAAGUUAUAGAACUUGUCCUGAAAGUGUCAUUGAGUCCUGAAACUUUUUUAUAAAGUGCAAUCAAGUCAUACAACUUGUUAGAUUGGUGCGAUCAAGUGUUGCCGUCCUUUAUCCAAAUUGACGGCCGGAAAAUAAUGAGGUGCUUUCUUUUUUGUUCAUUUAUCUCUCCUAUGUGGUAGGAAACUUAAUUGAGACUUCCGUCUGUGCAUAGAGACGCCGAUUUAUUGACCUUUAGUGAUGCAAAAUAAUGUCAUAUUGAAAGCAUACCUCAAAUUGAGUAGAUAAACAAAUUGUCUUUUGGGUGUUUUCCCCAAAUUGAACCAAAUAGCCCCAAAUUCCAAAUUCCCCUUCUUCGGUCGAGCCCUAAAUUCCUUCUCUUCGUUUGAUUGCACAAUCAAAUACGGUCGUAGGAAAGAAGCUUGCAAAGUUGACGGCAGUGCAUUACAAUUGAUGAAGCUCAUUCCGUUGGACAUUAGUCAAACCAAAUAGCCCCAAAUUCUUCUUCUUGGUAUGAUUGAGAGACAAGUGAGAACCGAAAGAAAAGGACUCGUAGAAAAUUGAAUGCAUUGCAAAUCACGGAGCUCUUUCGUUUGGAGGUUGUUUGAACCAAAUAUCCCAAAUUCCUCUUCUUCGUCCGAGCCCUAAAGCUCUCUUCUUCGUUUGAUUGCACAAAUACAGAAUCGAAGGAAAAUGAUUUUGAAAAACGAGGGCAUUACAAUUGAAGAAGUUUGUUCUAAUGGAGGUCGUUGCAAUCUCUUUCACAUAACACUAGACAAAAGAACUGCAUUUGGCUUUGAGAGGAUCGAUAGUUGGCUUUGAGAAUAUUGACAUUUCGCACAAGUCCUAUUUUUGGUUUUGAAUGAUCGGAAUCUUUAAUUUGUUUGGAUCACUGGCUUUAUUUGUUGUGCAUUAUUAAAAAAAAUGGUGCUCAUCAGAUUUUUUUGUUCUCUCGACAACAAAAUCCUUAACACAGUUUUCUUUGGAGGUAGCUUUCAAGUAGGACCACCCUUUGAAUACAGAGGUGGAAGGGUCAUUGUUGAAAUAGACUUAAGUAAGAAUUCACUCUCUCGUACAACUAAAACUAUUGAGGUUUUGGUUAGGUGUAAAAUACACAAACUCUAUUGCAGAGUUCUUGGAAGUACCGCUCUCAAAGGUGAUCUUUGGUUUUUAUGGGAUAAUUAUGCUAUGAUAGAUCUCUUAUAUUGUGAAAUCCUUGACCUGUAUGUGGAGUAUUAUGGUGAUGAUGAAGUGACAAGUGUUGAGAUAGGACAGCUGAGAUUGUAGAUUGAGAUAAAAAUUGAAGAUUUGUAUGAUGUGAAUGUAGAAAGGGUUGAUAAUGUGGCUAGAAAUGUGUUUGAUGUGAUUAGGAAUAUUGACGACGAUGGCAAUCGGGCUGUACUCACCUACGCUCUAGGCCUAAUGCAGGAAGCUCCGUUCCUCAACGAGUUAUUCCCUGUCUGGGCAGCGUUCCUGAUGAUCAACCUCGGGAGCGCCAAUUCUAUCUCCGCAUACAGUCUCGAAGACAACGAGCAGUGGAAGAGCUACAAUUGGCAGAUCAUGAUCAAAUUGAUUUGGUUGUUAUUUUUGAUAGACUGGCACUUCCGCGACACGUCCAACACGGGGUUUGGGACCCCGUACCUCGUCCUCGUCUUGACCUUGAAGGCCGACGAGAGGGCUUGGGCCUUGAUGGCGGUGAGCUGCCAGUCUUUGGAGAGGGAUACAAAAGUGGUUGCCGAUUAUAUGAGCGUGGAGCACGAAAGUGGUGAAGUCGAUCCGGUUCGCUUGAGAGGGUAUACGUAUUUGGUGAGGGGUGAAGAGGAGAGAUGGGUGAAUGGCUUCGUUCGUACUAAGCAAUUUAUCAAGAGGUGUCUAGGGAAGGAGGAGGCUGCGCUGGCAUGGGACCAUCGGACCCCAUUGGACAACGUCGGUGGUCGCAGGUUGCUUGACUCCGCCACAGGCCACCAGGCUUUGUGUAGGUAGCCAGACUUUGCCAUCGAUACUAAGUUGCCAAUCGCUAGAAUUUACUUUCGGCCACUAGAUGCAUUCCCCGUUGUUAAUGACUAAUAUUCUUUCCUUGCGACCAAAAUUUUUACAAUCCAAACAAUUGAAAAGGAAAGAAUGAUGCAAUCCAUUUGAGAGUUCCUUGUCAUGGAACCAAAGGAGACUUAUUUAGUGAAUUUGGGAUUUAUGAUACAAAAUACGUGGUAUUUCUCCUAUUUAGCUCUUA